AUGAGCGAAACAACAAAUAAAGUUCCAAAUGUUUCUGAAACUGAACCAUUAAUUUCUCCUCAAAAAAAUACCCCGGAUUAUGACGCUAAACAUUCCUUACCCAGUAGUACUUCAUCACCGAGUCAUCAUCAAAAUGGAGAUAAAGCUCCUUCUGCAAAAGUUGCAAAUAGCGUUCCUUCCCAUGACAAUAUUGCUGCUGAUAGCAUUGAGAAUCAUGUAACUAAUGGUAAAAAAACAAUACCUGGUUCUUAUGCGUCACCUACAGUAAACCAUAGACAAUAUGACUCAGUGGAAACAAAUGAUACUACUUUCCCACAUGGUAUUCACAACGGCGAAGAUGUUGAAAACGAUGAGGAUAACAAUUCACAUUUUUGUAAAACUCUAAAUUAUACAAAAUUCAAUCACAACUCAAAGUAUUUAUUAAAUUUGUUAUUAUUUAUUAAUACCAUCUGGCUAUUUUUUAUAUUUGUAUCUGACUAUUUUUUUGAUAUUAAUUUACUUUUUAGAUAUUCCAAUAGAAUAACCGGGUUUACCGACCUAAACUUAAUUUUUAUUUCAAUUAUUUCCAAUUUUUUGUCACUAUGGUUUAAUCAUUUGGAGUAUUACUCACCCAUCGAUCAGUAUCUAAAUUUUAUCAAUAGUGGUAUUAUUUUAUUAAAUUUUUUCCUUUUUUUGAUUAUUGGAUAUAAUAGAGAAAGAUUAGGUUUAAUUGGUAAGGCCACUUUUAUCUGGGCCUUUAUUUCCUUUUUCCUCAGUGGUAUCAUUGAUUAUAAAAUGGAAUUUUAUAUAAAACCAUUGCUUUCCUAUAACGAGGAACUGAGCACGGGUGGAACUUUUACCAAUACCAGUACUGGGCUGCCAAAUACCACGAACAAAGUGCCUGGGAUGAGACAUACAUUAAGUGAAUGGAUCUCAAUUGGUUUUAGAAACACCAUCAAGUUUAUAAUUUUGCUGUAUUUAACCUUGUUUACGCUCAAUUCCUUUUUGUACACAAUUGAUAUACAACGUACAGUUAAUAAACAACACAAAGGUAGUAUUGAUACUAGCACUGCUUCUAGGGUUUUCCAAGAUGGGUUUUAUUGGACUGACACGGACAAUAGCACGUUUAAAUUACAUGUAAGUUGUUACGGCGACUUAGCUGCGCAGGAUGAUAAUAGUGCAGAACCCUUGGUAAUUUUUGAACAUGGCUCUCAAGAUACAUCGUAUAUUUCAGGUGCAUGGAUUAAAGAGUUAUACAAUUUUUCUAAAUUGGGCAAAUAUUGUGUUUAUGAUAGGCCAGGUUUCGGUACUUCAGACAGUUGUACUGCACCAACCUCUAUAUCAAUGGUUGCCGAUGGUAUUAAAAAAAUCAUAUUGCAAGAUUUCCAAUACAACAAUGGGGAGAUUGUUGUUGUUGGGUACGAUAUCGGUGGGUUAUACGCACAGGUUUUAUGUUCUAAAUUUGGAUCGAGUAAGUGCACCAAACUAAUGUUGGUUGACUCCUGGCACGAGGAUAUUUUGACUAUCCAAACAUGGCUACCGCAUAAUAGUGAGAAUUCUGGGCUAGAUAAGUAUACUAGAUGCAUAAUUGGGAAGUGGAAUGUUUUAAAGUUAUGGUUAUAUGGCUGCUUUGAAUCUUCACUUGGGUUUUCACUUUUAAGGAGUUUAGUCUUCCAUAGAAGAGGGUCAAUUGAUCGUAUUUCUGGUGAUUACAUGGUUUAUCAGGGUAAGUAUUUGAGAAGUAGAUUCUUAGAAAGUUUAACCAGUGGAAUUUUAAGCUACAAAGAAGUCGUGCAGAAUAAGGAAAAUUUGAAAAAUAUUGAGGUCAGUGUUGUUAGUAGUAAAGAAAUGAUUAGUAAAAAUGUACAAUGGGGUGACUGGCAAAGGGAUUUAACUCAAAUAUCGAAGCAAACCAAAGAAUGGGAGAUAAUUGAGGCCGGCCAUCAAGUUUUCAAUGGCGGGAAAAAAAAAUUACAAGACGUUUUAAUAAGAUUGAUUGAAGAAUGA